GCAUGCAUGUGUAUGAGAAGAGAAGAGCGUGCGCGCAGACGCGCUCGAGGAUACAUGCAUGGUAAAGAGAAAGUCAAUUGACCUGUAUACCUAUAUACACGAAUCGUGCGGACGCGUCAUCUUGGUCGUUUGUGUCAUCUACGAGGAGAAAAGGCGACCGGCAGAUUACUUUCCAGAAUUUGAUAAUAUGAUAAUCGGAUAAAUAAAUCGAUCUACUUCAAGUGGUGUGCAGCGCCGCGCGUGUGUGUGUGGGUGUGUGUAACGUGGUCGCUGUGUUGUUGCAGUGAAUAACUGAAUAAAGCACGAGCAGUAAGCAAAGUACACGCGCACUUAUGUAUACACAUAAGUUAUUGUAUACGUUUAUACAGGGAGAAGAGCUCGUUUUCCCGCGCCAGCCGCCGCAGAAUCUGCAGCUGCAGAGAAAAUAAGCCUGCAGCUAAGAUCAGUUUUCUUGAAAGAGAGGAAAAAAAAAAAGGUGGAAAACAAGAAAGAAGGGGACAUCACUAAAAGAGAAGACGAUUACGACGACUGUAGCCACAGCAGCGGAGUGUACAUACACAGCUUGGCGUGUGUCUCGGCUCUUUCGUCCGUCCGAUAGAAGAGCGCGGGUUUAUGCAACUCUGCUGCAUUUGUAAAAACGUGUAAACAUUUCCCGAGUGUAAACAAAUACACAUAUGUAUACGUAUUUGUGUAUAUAAAUAGAUGGAAUAGACCUACACACCUAUAUACGGGUUUCAUAUAUAUAAUACAUGUAGUAUACAUAUACUUGAAAAAUCAUCUUCUCGGCUUCGUCGUCGUUGUGCAUAUAUUUUAUUAUAUACUUGGUGCUUGCCGAAAGAGAGAGAAAGGGUGUCUUGUUCUCUAUCUCCGCUCGAAUCUGCACGUAUAUAAUCCAAAUUAGUGCACCACGUAUUUACACACUCUCAGCUGAUUAUUUAUUAUACAGAGAGGCUCCGAGAGGAAGAGUAGGCGCAUAAGUACUAUACAAAAAAGUUUUGGAGUCGUCAGCAGAGCAGCCUAAUUGUGUAUACAACGUAGCCACGAAUUCUCUCUUUGAACUCUGCUUCGUCUUGUGUUCAUCUUCUUCUGAUGCCAAUCUGCCGAAGGGACAUCGGCAUCGCACCCAGGCCGCCCAGUAUAGUGUGGCGUACGCGCGAACUGUAGCACACGCACAUAACCAUUACUAUAUUGUCUACCUACCUACCAACUACCAAGUACCUAGUGUAGAGUAGGAGAGCUACUUGACUGAAGCGUAUGUGUAUGAAAAGAGGAUGGUUGGCGGUGUAUAACCUUGAAUUAUGAUCAGGCCUUAGUAUUUUUAUGAACAUCAUCGACGAGGAGCAGGUUGCUUACCAUAUGUAUAUUUGUAACGAGGCUGAUUUUGCUGCUGCUUCUGUACUACCAAUCGUCGCCCUUGCAUCAUAGGAUAACGUAUACUUUCGGAUCACUUCUCAACCAGAAAUUGCCGUGCAAAGUGUGUUAUUUUGUGUGUGCGUACGCGUGCGUGCUCUACAGAUGGACGAUCAUCGGACGAUUUGCAUGAAUAUGUGUUUUAUAAGGUUGAUAGCAAGCUGAAGAAUAUAUAUACAUACACAUAAGUAUACCGCGUGAAAAGUUGUCCUCUCAAAAGACAUUAGGACAUGCAUGUGUGAUGCAGAGAGUUUUUUAUAAGUCAUCUUAAAGGGGAUAAAUUGAUUUUGCUUUCUGCUAAAGUAUUAUUUCAUUUUUAGUUGAGUAAUAAUUGACGAACUUUGUGUUGAUUGAUACUCAAAGAGGAAUGCCAGUAGUUUGGUGAUAAUUUUACAAUUUUAUGUGGCAAAAUUAGUUUAACAUCAUGACAGACACACGAAGAAGAGUUAAGUUGUACGCUUUAAAUGCAGACAGACAGUGGGAUGAUCGUGGGACAGGACAUGUGUCCUCUUCUUAUGUCGAGAGGUUAAAGGGGACUUCUCUGUUGGUCAGGGCUGAAAGUGAUGGAACUAUACUGUUGGAAAGUAAAAUCCAGCCAGAUACUGCCUAUCAAAAACAACAGGACACUUUAAUUGUGUGGUCAGAAAGUGAUAAUUAUGAUUUAGCUCUAAGUUUUCAAGAAAAAGCCGGUUGCGACGAAAUAUGGGAAAAAAUAUGUCAAGUGCAGGGGAAAGAUCCAUCUGUAGAAAUUACCCAAGAUAUCGUUGAAGAAUCCGAGGAUGAGCGCUUUGACGAGAUGUCGGACUCUGCGCCGCCCAUCGAAUUGCCUCCCUGCGAGCUCGGCCGCCUCGAAGAGAUAAGCGAAACCAUAGGACAAUGCCUCUCGACGCCGAUGCGCAAGGAGAAGCUCGCUAUGGCCAUCGAGCAGGAGGGCUAUAUUAAAAAGCUGCUCAAUCUAUUUCACACGUGCGAAGACUUGGGCAAUAUGGAUGGGCUUCACCACCUGUACGAUAUUUUUAAAAAUAUAUUUCUUCUCAAUAAAAAUGCACUGUUCGAGGUGAUGUUCAGUGACGAUACCAUCUUCGAUGUUGUGGGUUGCCUUGAAUACGAGCCUAGCCUGCCACAGCCUAAAAAACACAGGUUGUAUCUGCAACAGCUUGCCAAGUUCAAACAGGUCAUCCCGAUCACGAAUGCUGAGCUGCUCGCCAAAAUUCAUCAAACAUAUCGUGUCCAGUACAUUCAGGACUGUGUGCUACCAGCCCCGAGUGUAUUCGAGGAUAACAUGCUUACGACUCUCAGCAGCUUCAUCUUCUUCAACAAGGUCGAGAUCGUCACUUUGAUACAGGAUGAUGAAAAAUUCCUCACAGAACUGUUCCGCCAGUUGACGGAUGAGAACACGCCUGACAGUAAACGACGCGAUCUGGUGCUCUUUCUCAAAGAGUUUUGCAACUUCUCGCAAAAUCUCCAGCCACAAGGCAAAGAAGCUUUUUACAAGACGCUAACAGCUCUAGGGAUUCUUUCGGCACUCGAGAUCACCCUCGGUAUCAACGACUCCCAGACAAAAAAUGCCAGCAUUGAUAUUUUGAACUACAUUGUUGAGUAUUCGCCGAGCGUCGUCAGAGAUUAUGCGAUUCAGCAAGCCAACAGCCAGAUGCCGCACGAUCAAAUGCUUGUCAAUGUAGUGAUAGCUCAACUCAUCAACGACACCGAUUCUGAACUAGGUGGUGCUAUACAAUUAUCCGGUGUAUUGCGUAUGCUGCUUGACCCAGAGAAUAUGAUAGCUACAGUAAACAAGUCAGAAAAAGCUGACUUUUUAAACUUUUUCUACAAAAGCAGCAUUGGUAUCCUGAUUGCACCUCUAUUGGCAAACACAAUCGGCGAUCAGCCGGUGCGCGAAGACUACCGGACGAUUACGCUGCUUGCAAUCAUUCUCGAAUUGCUUUCGUUUUGUGUCGAGCAUCACACGUAUCACAUCAAGAAUUGUAUUUUAAACAAGGACUUGCUUAGGAAAAUUCUCGUACUAAUGAAGUCGACCCACACUUUCCUUGUCCUUUGCGCGCUAAGGUUUAUGCGCAAAAUUAUUGCUCUUAAAGAUGAGUUUUACAACAGAUACAUCAUCAAGGGCAAUCUCUUUGCACCUGUUUUUGAUGCCUUCGCGCGAAACAAUGGACGCUACAACCUUCUCGAUUCUGCCAUUCUUGAGAUGUUUGAAUUCAUAAAAUUGGAAGACAUCAAAUCUCUGUGUUCGCAUGUCGUGGAAAAUUACUCAAAAGAACUAGAAGCAAUUGAUUACGUCCAGACGUUUAAGGCUCUCAAACAGAGGUACGAACAACACCAAGAUAAAUUAAAAGAUCGCGACAGAGGAACGCUCGACAGUGUACCAUCGAUAUUGAGAAACAGCCGGUAUCGACGCGACCAGCGACAACUCGAGGAAGAGGAAGAAAUGUGGUUCAACGAAGAGGAAGACUUUGAUGACAGCGAGGCUGUUGUGCCGGGUGCGGCAGCUGAAAUUGUGUCUCCGAGUGCGGCGAAAAAGCAGCCAAAUUCGCCCAACAACUCGACUGGCAGUCCAAACUCCAGCAGCCUUCCGCUUGAUUCAGCGACUAUUAACAAAGAUCCAAACAGUCCGACAUCACAGCAGGUGCUUUCGCCAAAUUCACAGCAGCUACAAGCUACAGCCGAUGUAAAUAGUAGCAUGCCAAACUUGACAAUCGCAGCUGUUACGCCGGCAACAGCACCCGCUGUGGCACCCAUAUCCGCCAUUAUGGCACAACAGCAGCAGACACAGAUCAACAGUGGUGGUGGCAGCCCAGUGUCGACGAACGACUUGCCUGUAAUUGGUGUUACCGCGGAUGUGACGAAUCCCUGCGCAACUAUCAAUGCCGUUGACAAAACUGGGACUAAUAUUUUCAGAAAGGGAUUGGUUGAUUAUGAAGGUGACUCGGAUGAAGAAGAUGAAGAAGAAGAAUCAGAGUUGACUCCUACGGCUAAGCGGCAGCGACUCUCAUAGUAGGCAAACAAUCCGUCAAUAGUAAGAGUGCUGUGACUAAAGUUUUCAGAUUAGUGCAGAACCAAAAUGAUCGAAGGAAUCUUCAAUGAACUCAUGUGACAUGUAAGACAAAUUUUUGUGCAAAUCGAUAGCGAUGAUCGGUUUGAUAUGUUGUCACAAGCAGAGGUGGGCAGCAUAAUAUUAACGCGAGUACUUAACUUUAUAAAUAUUGACACCGUUGCACAUAAAUUUGAGAUGAUUAUCUAGCGAAUUUUUAUACUUGAGAAAAAUUCCUAAAGUUGUAAAAUGUAUCUACCCAAGGACAGAGUACUGUGAAAUUGAUGUAAUAAUGAAUUGAACUUUUUUUUAAAUUUUAACUGACCAUUGUAACAUGAAAGUAUACAGAGAUUUAUUCUUUAUAAGAGUUGAAUUUGAAUAUACGUGAAUUGAAAUUGUAUUUUAUAAUUCAAGACGAACACCUUGCUCUCACCUCUGUGGUAAAUUUAACCUACUAAAAAAAGAAAAGAAAAAAAAAGAAAAAAAAUUAAGACUAUUGUUAUGCUGGGUGUAAUAGACGCAAAAAUAAAUAGUUAUGCGUAAAAGCCUGUCGAAUCUUUACUAAAAUAAAUAUAAGGUUCAAGUCGUAUAAUUGAACUUUGAAUGCGUAGUUUGUGAAUGGCUAUUAUAAAUAAUAUACAUGAAUUCAAUGUGUAGUUAUAUAAAACGCGGACUGUUUCGGACAUUAUAUUUCUUUUUAUAUAUACAUAUAUAAAAAUGAUAAUUAUAAAAUUUGACGCUUGAGUAUUGUUAUGUGC